AUGGAGUGCAGGACCAUGCCUUGUUACUAUAACGAUGAGUUUGUCAACUAUUACACAUAUAUAUUUAAAGAUGAUCAGGGUGUGUUAUAUUCCAUUGAAGAAUUUUUGGAAUAUGCCCGAAAACCUCUUCCAAUCUCAUUCCGCUUCAACCAUUCAUCCCCUUACUCCGCUCUAAAACACACAAUACUUAAGGAAUCGCCAAUAUCACUUAGAGAUGUUGGAUGGUUAGACGGCGCAUACCAAAUUGAUAAAUUGUGCAAGUAUGAAUUUAAGACGAAUGGAAAAUGGGCGAGAUUUAGGAAUUUGUUGAUUGAGGGUGAUAAUUCUGGUGUUUUGAAUCGGCAGGAGUUGGUUAGUAUGUUACCAGUUUUGUUUCUUGAUGUUCAGCAUGGUGAUAAUGUCUUGGAUGUUUGUGCCUCGCCUGGGAUGAAAUAUUUGCAAAUAUUAGAUCAAUUGGCAGGUGAUUUUAGUGGUUUGGUAGUGGGAAAUGAUGUAUCGGCAUCAAGACUGUUUACUCUGGCCCAUAGAUCUGCUGUGCUAUCAGUACCGAGUUCAUGUCUUAUCCAUUCCGAUGGCUCUAAAUUUGCAAGUCUUUACGAUGAUAGAGGUCAAAAGGUUUAUUUUCACAAGAUUUUGGCUGAUGUUCCCUGUACCUGUGAUGGCACUUUACGAAAAUCUCCUGAUAUUUGGAAAUCGUGGAAGCCAGUAAAUAGUCUACAUGUUCAUCCUGUACAGCACAAUAUUGUCAAAAGAGCUAUAGAUCUUUUGAUGUCUAAUGGCACGCUUAUCUACUCUACCUGUUCACUGAAUCCUAUUGAGAAUGAAGCAAUUGUUUCAGCUUUGCUUAGUACUGGAUUGGUAACACUAAUUGACUGCAAAGAUGAUAUUAAACAUUGUACAACACUAGUCUUCUCUAGGGGAUUGAGGAACUGGAAGGUUUAUUAUGAAGGUCAGUGGUACAAAACAUACAACGAAGUACCAAAUCAACUUAAAAAGGAGUAUGGUGGUAAGAUAAUGCAAAGCAUGUUUAAACAGUACUGGUCGGAUGAUUGUGCCAAUAAAGUGAUUCGAAUAUUUCCCCAUCAGAACAAUUCAGGAGGGUUUUUUAUCGCAAAACUAAGACGUUGUGAAUAUACACUCUCAUUAAAAACACUAACUUUUGACAAAAGAAACUUAGCAACCCCCUUACAAACAAUUUCCUGUGAUGCAAACAAGGUAUCACACGAAUAUGUCCCAUUUCAAAAUUUCACUCCUAUUUCGGCGUUUUACAAAAUAUCUAGUGAAUUCCCAGUACAUCUUGUGUUUAUUAAAAAGUCGUGCGCUAAAUCAUUGUACAUAUUUUCGGAACAAUUGGCCAAAAUUUGUAAUGGCCCACAUCAACUCAAAUGGGCGCACGCAGGAGUUAAGAUUUUUACCAAAAUUGAUCCCAAAUUGGCAGAUGGGUGGCGAUUUUGCCAACAAGGAAUUUCAUUAAUUGCAAGGUAUGUUAAUCACAGGAAACUUGCCAUAACGCCUAAGGCUGCAAUUUAUCUAAUAUCUGACAAAAAUACCGCCAACCAGUACAAAAGUGACUACGAUCAAUGGUAUAGCUCCACUGAUAUACCAAAGGAGCCUGGUGGAUUAAUAUUGGUAACGCCAAGCGGUUUGGUGUUGUCAGCUAUCAUAAAUAAAAAUGGAGCGGUCUAUCCUUACGUCCCAUCGCCAAGAUUUUCAGUUCUGGAAGUUAUCAAGCAGGAAUUGCAUAAUAAUCCAUGA